UGUUUAGAGGCAAGAUAAAAGGAGCAAAUGUCUCUUGUCCUGCUUACACACACCAACACACACACAUCACGUGCCUGGCAGUCUAUCUGCCGGUUUGUAAAGGCUAAAGAGGAGAGGAUCCAGCAUCCAAACACACUCGCUGAAGCUCUCACCUGGAAAUUGUUACCAAUGGAUGCAGCAGAGUUCCGACGCAGAGGGCGGGAGAUGGUGGAUUAUGUGGCUGACUACCUGGAGAACCUGGAACAGCGACCUGUUUACCCAGAUGUAGAACCAGGGUAUCUUCGCUCCUUGAUCCCUACCGAGGCUCCAGUAGAGCCAGAGACAUAUGAGGAUAUUAUGAAAGAUGUGGAGAGGGUCAUAUUGCCGGGGGUCACCCAUUGGCACAGCCCAUACUUCUAUGCCUAUUUUGCAGCAGCUUCCUCUUACCCUGCCAUGUUGGCUGACAUGCUAUGUGGAGCUAUUGGCUGUAUUGGAUUCUCCUGGGCUGCCAGCCCAGCUUGUACAGAGUUGGAGACAGUGAUGUUAGAUUGGCUGGGGAAGAUGCUCCAACUGCCUGAGUGCUUUAUAGCAGGGACUCAAGGCCAUGGAGGAGGUGUCAUCCAAGGUACAGCAAGUGAGGCAACCCUCAUGUCCUUGCUUGCUGCCCGCUGUAAAGCAGUCCGACGGGUCCAGGCCUCUAAUCCAGCAAUGUUAGAGGCCGAAAUCCUCUCCAAACUGGUGGCAUACACAUCCGAGCAAGCUCAUUCCUCAGUGGAGCGUGCAGCUCUAAUUGGAGGAGUAAUGAUGAGGAAAAUUCCCACAGAUGACAGUUACGCUGUCACUGGGGACGCCUUUAAGAAGAUGGUGGAGAAGGACAAAGCAGCUGGACUCAUCCCUUUCUAUUUAUGUGCAACUCUUGGCACCACUCCAUCAUGUGCUUUUGAUCACAUCAGCGAGCUGGGGCCCAUAUGUAAUGAUGAACAUAUGUGGAUGCACAUUGAUGCAGCAUAUGCCGGGAGUGCAUUUAUCUGUCCUGAAUUUAGGCCUUUGUUGAACGGUGUUGAGUUUGCAGACUCUUUCAACUUCAACCCACACAAAUGGCUUUUAGUCAACUUUGACUGCUCUGCUUUGUGGGUAAAGAAGAGAGCAGACAUCAUAGGAGCCUUCAAGAUGGAACCACUAUACCUGAAACAUGAAAACCAGGAGUCAGGACUGGUCACAGAUUACAGGCAUUGGCAGAUUCCACUGGGAAGAAGAUUCCGCUCACUAAAGAUGUGGUUUGUCUUCCGUAUGUACGGGCUCAAUGGACUGCAGGCUCAUAUACGCAAGCAAGUGGGCCUGGCCAAAGAGUUUGAGAGUCUGGUACGAGCUGACAAGAGGUUUGAGAUCUGUGCUGAGGUCAUCAUGGGACUGGUCUGCUUCAGGCUCAAGGGCUCCAAUGAGCUGAAUCAGACCUUGCUGAAAAGGAUCACCAAGAGCAGAGAGAUCCACCUGGUGCCAUGUCAGCUCUCAGACAACUUUGUCCUGCGCUUUGCCAUCUGCUCACGCACCACUGAGUCACAUCACAUCCAGCAAGCAUGGCGGCACAUCACACAGCUGACCUUUGAGCUUCUGCAGGAGCCUGCUCAUUGACUAAUAGGCAGGGAAGGGCCGUCCACUCUGAUUCUUAAAUAAGGACCAAAGUUAAGAGAGUUAAGAGUUUCAUGUUGCAGAUAUGAAAUGCCAUUAAAGGGAAUAAAAGGGGAUUUCACAGCUCACUUUCAAGUCAGGCAUGUUUCUUUUUGCAGUCAGAUUAUCCAGUCAUGUAGGUAGUAGGUGUUAGCUGAUGAUACAUAUAUAUGACAACAAAAAUUAAUUACGCAUCCACAGAAACCCAAAAAAAAAACACAUUUUUUAUCUGCAACUGAACUUCAUUAUCCCUCCUCUGACAUAGCUUUUAUCUCAUACUGCUUAAUUAACUUUACUCUCUUUACUGUCUAUGCGGCUUCUGUGGCAUUGGUGUAAAAUUUGCUUUGGGGUAAUUCAAACUGAAUUCUGCAAUGAAUGUAUUGCACAUUGUGUGUGUAAAUGAUUUUAUGUGUUUUAAGUGUGUCUGCAACUUUACGUGGGUAAGCAUAAAAAAGCUUUUAUAAAAAUAUAUACAUGUUUGGUGAUACAUAUUUAAAUGAAAGAGUAGAAUAAGUUGGAAAAGUA